AUGAAUAAAUACUAACUAUUGAAAAAUCAUAUUCAAUAAUUGAUAUAGAAUACUUAAAAGACAAAUAUAUUAUUUGUGAGACAUGGUUAAACAAAUUAAAAUCUAAGUAACACCAUAUGUGGUUGGACAGAUAGUAGAUUAACAAUUAGAGGUAUAAAUAAUAUUCUAGUAAAUAUUGAGGAAGAGAAUAAGCAAAUCAAUUAUUAUAAGCAUUAUUACCAUUUCGUGAUUAAUUUAAAGGUGUAUAUUCAUCAGAUUUGAGAAGAGCAAAAGAAACAGCAUAAAUAAGUUUAGGAUUUCCUCAUGAUAGUUUAAUAAUUGAAGAUUCACGUUUAAGGUUUAUAUAUAACAUAACACAAGAGAACUUAAUUUUGGGAAACAUGAGAAUAUUGCAUACUCGAUGUUAGAUUAAGAAACAAAAGAUGUUAUAUUUACAUUGUAAUACCAAGCUCCAGAAGGUGAAUCUUGGUAAUAAGCUUAAGAAAGGGCAAUGAAAUUAAUAAUAGAGAAAUGCAAUUAGAAUGGGACAUAUUUGAUGUUUUCACAUGGAGUAAAAAUAAACAUUAUAAUUAUAAGGGAUUGAUUUGUAGUAUAACAUAUUCAUUGGGUUUAUAGGAUUCUAUAGGUAAUUGUAGUUGUGUAGGUUUGGAAUAUGAUAAAGAGAAAAAAGAGAUGAAAUAAAUAUUAUUUAAAUGGGAGAUGCCAUAAGAAGAGAGUGAAAUAGAAAUAUGA